UGCAAAGCCCUCUCUGCUCUGGGUUUCUGAGGUACCUCACAGGGAGGGAACUUGCAGGCUGACAGCGAAGGAGAGCCUGGCCUAUUCCGGUUGUCCCUUUGUCCGUGUUGCCCCAGCCCCACUGACAAUGGGUGAGAGGGAGGACAAGGAUGCUGAAGCUUGGCUGAAGCUUAAGCCCAUGGAGCCCUUGCCCUCCCAGUGCUGCGGGAGUGGCUGCUCACCCUGUGUGUUUGACCUCUAUUACCGAGACCUGGAAAGAUGGGAAGCAGCCCGAGCCAGAAAUGACAGGAGCCUGCUGAGUGGGAAGCAGCCACCUGAGACCCAGGGCUGCUCCACCAAGCUGAGUCCAGAGACCUUCCUGGCCUUCCACAUCAGUGCCGUGGAGAAACUCACCAAAGACACCUAUUGUGUCCGGUUUACACUCCCUGGGAACAGUCAGCUCGGCCUGCAUCCUGGGCAGCACCUCAUCCUACGAGGUAUAGUCAAUGGCUUGGAAAUUCAGAGAGCCUAUACUCCCAUCAGCCCCGUCACUGCGGAAGGCUACUUUGAUGUUUUAAUCAAGUGCUAUCAGACCGGGCUGAUGUCCCGGUAUGUGGAGUCCUGGAGAACAGGAGACACAGCUUUCUGGAGAGGGCCUUUCGGAAGCUUCUUAUAUGAACCAAACAAGUACGGUGAACUCCUCAUGCUGGCAGCCGGCACAGGCCUGGCCCCUAUGGUGCCCAUCCUGCAGAGCAUCACAGACAAUGCAGAUGAUGAGACCUUGGUCACCUUGGUUGGCUGCUUCAAGACCUUCGAGAACAUCUACCUGAAGACCUUCCUCCAGGAACAGGCCAGGUUCUGGAACGUGCGAACCUUCUUUGUCCUCAGUCAGGAGGUCUCCCCAGAGCAGCUUCCCUGGAGCUACCGUGAGAAGACCCACUUUGGGCGCCUGGGCCAGGAACUGGUUGAUGAGCUAGUAGCCUGCUGCCGGAGAAAGCCCUUCACAUUAGUCUGUGGCUCACCUGCGUUCACUGAGGACAUGGCUAGGUGUUUGCUGUCUGCUGGCCUGACUGAGGACUCCUACUUCCUCUUCUAGCCCUGGCCAUGGACCUUGUACAGGGGCACGGGAAGGAGCCCAGGCUAGAAUCAGAAGAUGGAGUCCAGGCCAGCCCUGCUGCUGACUUGCCCAGAGACCUUGGACAAUUGUCAUCAACCUUGAAACUUGUGUUCCUGUCUGCUUCACAAGGUUUGUCCUUCCCUCCUAGCAUCCUGGUGUGUGGAGGGAGGCCAGCAGCUGGAGGCCAGGGAAGACUGCUUCAAGGAGCCUGAACAGAUGGGGUCCUGCCGAGCUCAGGAUGGUGGGCAUCGGGUGGGGUAAGGGGUGAGGAGCCUCUCUUGUCCUUCCAGAGGGCCCAGAAUCAGUGCUAAGAGAAUGACUUUGGAGGACCUUAACUUCUGUACCUUUUGUGGGUUGAACCUGACUUGCUGAAGGCCUUGGUCAAUGACCUGACCAUGUUCUCAGAACAAGACACUGGAUCAUCUCUGUA